CCCCCAGGGGCGGGCCCGAGGAAGGAGUUUGGACCUUUCCGGCCACCACUGGCUUCAAUAUGGCUGCCCACAAGGAAAGGCGAGGCUAACGUGAAAGCACAGACCCUGGCUCCCUCGUCGCAUGGAUCGUAGCGCAGAGUUCAGAAGAUGGAAGGCGCAGUGUCUGAGCAAAGUGGACCUCAGCCGGAAAGGCAGUGUGGACGAGGAUGUGGUAGAGCUUGUGCAGCUCCUAAAUGGGCGAGAACAGUUUUUCACCACCAGUUCCUGUGCUGGCCGCAUCAUCCUCCUAGACCGGGAUAUAAAUGGUUCUGAGGUUCAGAAGCAAAACUGUUGCUGGCUACUGGUUACACACAAACCCUGUGUGAAAGAUGAUGUGAUUGUAGCCCUAAAGAAAGCGAAUGGCGAAGCCAUUUUGAAAUUUGAACCACUUGUUCUUCAUGUACAGUGUCGACAGUUGCAGGAUGCACAGAUUCUGCAUUCAGUGGCAAUAGAUUCUGGUUUCAGGAACUCCGGCAUAACAGUGGGAAAGAGAAGAAAGAUUAUGUUGGCUGUCCGGAGCACACAUGGCUUAGAAGUUCCAUUAACCCAGAAAGGAAAACUGAUGGUGACAGAGGAAUAUAUCAACUUCCUGGUAAAGAUAGCAAAUCAGAAAAUGGAGGAAAACAAGAAGAGAAUUGAAAGGUUUUACAACUGCCUACAACAUGCUUUGGAAAAAGAAACUAUUUCUAUGAUCUCAUAUCCCAAAGAGAAAAUCAAAGAGAUAAAUAACUCAUCAUAUACUCAUAAGAAAAAAAGAAACCCAGAAAAAGCAUGUGGCAAAUAUAUUACUGAAGAAAAUAAUAAAGAACUUGAAAAUGAUGAUCAUGAUGAUCCAGGAAUCAGUGCUACUAUCUUCCCUGAAGAUUACUGAGAUUUGGUUCUGAAGUGUCUUUGUAGAAUAAUGUUUCUAAUAGAUAUAUUAUAAAGCUGCUCUUUAUAGGAGUAUUUUAGUUUUUUGAGUGUAUCAGCCUUUCAGAAAAACAAGAUUUAAUUUUUCUCUAUAUUUUAGGGAAACCCUUAGCUUUUAAAAAUAGCUGUGUAUAAUAUCAAUAUUUGCUCUUAAAUACCAUCUUUUUUAGUCACACAGUCAUUGCAAAAAUAAAAUUAUGAUUUUUUAAUGCUUCUCUCUCCUUAAGUUUCAGUUUCUACUUCUGUAAAACAGGAGAACUGUAAUACCCUUUCAAGAGAGCCUUAACAUUAGGAAUAUUAGAGUAAAAAUCAUAACAACAUUUUACUUAUUUUUAACUUUGAAAUCUCCAGCCUUCAAGGGGGUCACUUUGCUGCUUGUUGCCAUGGAGUCCAAGAAAAAGUUUUUUCCUCUCUUUAGCCAUUGUGGAUAAAACAACUGAUAUCCUUUUUGUUCAGGACAAAAUAUUAUACUUGAACCGUCUUUCCCCAUUAUUUCUCACAAACCAGAGCUUGCCACUGGCACAUCCUCCAUGAAGCAGGUAGGCAUAGUUUUUUACUACACCGGGUCAGAAAUGAUAACUUAUGACACAGGAAUCUCAAUAGAACAAAUGUGCUAUGAAAAAUUGCAAAGAAUUAGAAGCCUCGGGUUUGAGUUCCGACUACUACAGAGCAGUUCGUGGUCCUUAAACGAAUCACUUAAUUUCCAAGGGCUUCCAUUUCCUCUUCCACAUAAUAGUAAUUCUGAUCCCUCCCAUAUUUACACCAGAGAAGUGUUGAGAGGAUCAAGUUAAAUAAAAAUGUGAAAGCACGUAAUAGACCAUUUUGCAUAUAUGUUAUUAUUUACUUUGCUAUUUAUUUUCAUUAUAAAUUGAAGAUUUUUCACAAUGUAUUUUCAGAAUAUCAAAUCAUAGAAAGUAUACAUUUAAAGAGAAAUUUCUAGUUAGUCAUAGAACUAAUAAAUUGAAAGACAAAAACACCAGAAUAUCAAGUAAGAAAAAUUAUAUGAGGUAGUCAACACUGAGUUGUGAUUUUGGCAUUUCCUAAUAUUUUUAUAAUUUGCUUAAGUCUUUAUAUAAAUUAUUUUUAGAUUUGUAUCCCAGAUGCUUAUCUUGUGACAGACACCAUUUUGUACUCUCAUUUUUUAAAGUCAAUUGACUUUAUAGCUAUCUGUUGUCCUCUAAGCGAAUUUAUCGGGUAUGGGGUCCAGGAAGCUCCAAAAUUACUGUGAGAUUUUUCUUUACUUUUUUCUUUCUUUUUUAAAACUAUUAUUAUUUUUAAAACUUUUAUUGAAGUAUAAUUGAUUUACAAUGUUGUGUUAAUUUCUGCCAUACAGCAAAGUGAUUCAGUUAUACAUAUGUAUAUAUUCUUUUUCAUAUUGUUUUCCAUUAUGAUUUUAUCACAGGAUAUUGUAUAUAGUUACCCAUGCUAUACAGUAGGACCUUGUUUAUCCAUUCUAUAUGUAAUAGUUUGCCUCUGAUAAUCCCAAACUCCCAAUCCUUCCCUCCUCUGCCCCCCUCCCCCUUGACAACCACAAGUCUGUUCUCUAUGUCUGUGAGUCUAUUUCUGUUCCAUAGAAAUGUUCAUUUGUGUCAUAUUUUAGAUUCCACAUAUAAGUGAUAUCCUAUGUUAUUUGUCUUUCUGACUUCACUUAGUAUGAUAAUCUCUAGGUCCAUCCAUGUUGCUGCAAAUGGCAUUAUUUCAUUCUUUUUAUGACUGAGUAAUAUUCCACCGUGUAUAUGUACCACAUCUUAUUUAUCCAUUAAUCUGUCGAUGGACAUUUAGGUUGUCUCCAUGUCUUGGCUACUAUAAAUAGUGCUGUUAUGAACAUAGGGGUACAUGUAUGUUUUUGAAUUAUAGUUUUGUCUGGAUAUAUGCCCAUGUUUACUCCUUUUUUCUAUCAUGGCUCUGAACUCUCUCUUUGGCCUUUAAAGUAAGAUACUAAUAUUUCCCUUAGUCAUUUUGAGUCCUCCGUCUUCUUGCCAUCCUGCAACAUUUGGCCCCAUUAACACUCUUACAUCCCUGAAUCUGCCCUUUCAU